AUGUCUGAGUUUCAGGUCGGCCAGCAGUUUCAGGAUAAGGAGGAAGUUGUGCUUAGCGUGAAGACCUAUAGCAUUUGCCGCGGGGUUGAAUUCAAGGUCUUGGAGUCGGAUCACCGCAAGUACUAUGGCAAGUGCAAGGAGUUCGGGAGCGGGUGUGUAUGGCUAAUCCGGGUCAGCCUCCGGCAGCGCAAGGAAAUUUGGGAGGUAAAACGGUACAAUGGUCCUCAUACUUGUCUAGCCACAUCGAUCUCUAGUGACCACAGAAAUCCCUAUUAUCAUGUCAUGUCGGCUUUCUUUAUGCCCCUGAUUAGAGCUGAUGCUGCAACAUCGAUUAAGAUCACUUUGCCGGGCAGUGUAGCUGUGCUGAGGACGAGUCCUGUUCGAGUGGGUGGGCAGUUAGAUGAUUCUACAACUAUUUUCCAUCGCUUGUUUUGGACAUUCCCACCAUGUGUUGAGGCAUUUCGACAUUGCAAUCCAUUGGUUAGUGUGGAUGGGACCCAUCACUACGGCAAAUACGGUGGUACACUGCUUAUUGCAAUUGCACAGGACGGCAACUCUAACAUCAUCCCUAUUGUCUUUGCACUUAUAGAAGGUGAGAAUGCGGAGUCAUGGUCAUUCUUUCUAUCCCACCUUCGGGCUCAUGUGACGCCUCAACUGGGUAUACUUGUCAUAUCAGAUAGGUACAAUGGGAUAAAGGCUGCGUUGGAGGCUCCUGAUGGGGGAUGGCUUCCCCCUACUGCAUAUAGGGCGUUCUGCAUCCGUCACGUGACGGCUAAUUUUGCCCUGACUUUCAAAGGGAAGGAUGCAAGGAGGCUGUUAGUGAAUGCUGCAUAUGCAAAGACGGAGGUCGAGUUUCAAUACUGGUUUGACAUCCUGAGAAUGUUCGAUCCAGCAAUGUGCGAUUGGGCUAAUCGAAUUGAGUAUGCACUUUGGACUCAGCAUCAGGAUGAAGGCCGCAGAUUUGGGCACAUGACUACGAACAUAUCUGAGUGUAUGAAAUCGAUCCUAAAGAGUGUUAGGAACCUCCCAGUGUGCAUUAGUGAAAUCCGGUUGGCCGAGUUAUUCGUUCGCAAAGGAUAA